CGAGUAAUCCAAUACCUGACCAAUUCAUAAAUGUUACUGUAACUUGCUGAACUGCCCUGACAAGUGCAGGGCUGGAAACACAUUAGCGGAGCGAGGCUGACAGCUCGGGCUGCAUCUGUGAGCAGAGCAUAAAUCUGCCGCCUGACCAAAGAGAAGAGAAGCUUGUGAGGAGCAGGAGGAGGAGGAGGAGGAGGAGGAAGAGAAACUUUAAACACUUCACUAAAACAAAGUGGGGGAAACUGGCACAGCUUCAAAUGACUCCUCUGGAAGAAUGAGAGAAGUAGCCGUGGGCUCCCUGCCAUCCGACAUGUCUGUAGAGGAGACUUCAGUGAGGGACGUGGCUGAGAGUGAGACAGAUUGCUCUGAGGGGCUGGAUGAGGUUGUCUUGGGGCGCAUUGCCAGCUUACCUCUGGAUCCGUUCCCACCCAGGGACUUCAGGGGGAAGUUUAAAAAGAUGCGCCACAAGAAGAGGCCCACCAUUCUUGAAACGUCUCCCGUGGGGAACGGAUACAACAAACCCCCCCUCCCUCCAGUCUGCUGUCCUCAGGGAGAGAAGGGUCCCCCGGCCAUGAUACCCAUCAGCAUCGACCCGGAGAGCAAGCCGGGCGAGUACGUCCUCAAGAGCUUGUUCGCCACCUUCACCAACGUGUCGGAGCGCAAGAUCCGCAUCAUCAUGGCGGAGCCGCUGGAGAAGCCAUUAACGAAGUCACUGCAGAGGGGAGAAGAUCCUCAGUUUGACCAAAUGAUAAGCACCAUGAGCUCUCUGGCUGAGUACUGUCUCCCCUCCAUCCUGCGCACUUUGUUCGACUGGUACAAACGACAGAACGGACUGGAUGAGGAGCUGCACGAGUACCGGCCCAGAGCCAACACCAAGUCCAAGAACGACGAGCAGCAGAGAGACUACCUACUUGAAAGGAGGGAUUUGGCCAUUGACUUCAUCUUCUCUCUGGUUCUUAUAGAAGUUUUAAAACAGAUGCCGCUCCACCCAGUCCUCGACAGCUUGGUCGGUGAAGUCAUUAACCUCGCCUUUAAGCACUUUAGAUACAGAGAGGGGUAUCAUGGUCCCAACACUGGCAACAUGCACACUGUAGCUGACCUCUAUGCUGAAGUGAUAGGAGUAUUAGCACAGUCAAAGUUUCCUGCUGUGAAGAAGAAGUUCCUGGCUGAGCUGAAGGAGCAGCGGCAGAAAGAGCAGAGUCCAUACGUGGUCCAGAGCACCAUCAGCCUCAUCAUGGGGGUCAAGUUCUUCCGAAUUAAGAUGUAUCCCGUCGAGGAUUUUGAAGCGUCUUUCUUGUUCAUGCAGGAGUGCGCUCAGUAUUUCCUGGACGUCAAGGACAAGGACAUUAAACACGCUCUGGCUGGGCUUUUUGUUGAAAUUUUGGUCCCUGUUGCCGCUGCCGUGAAGAACGAGGUGAACGUGCCCUGCCUGAGGAACUUCGUGGACAGCUUGUACGACACAACCCUGGACUUGUCCUCCAGAAAGAAGCACUCGCUGGCUUUUUACCCUUUGGUGACGUGCCUUCUGUGUGUCAGCCAGAAACAGUUCUUCCUCAACAGAUGGCACGUCUUCCUGAACAACUGCCUCUCAAAUCUCAAGAGUCGAGACCCGAAAAUGGCUCGUGUUGCACUGGAGUCCCUGUAUCGCCUGCUGUGGGUCUACAUGAUCCGGAUCAAGUGCGAGAGCAACACUGCAACACAGAGCCGCCUCAACACCAUUGUAACCACACUGUUCCCCAAAGGAUCCCGCAGCGUGUUACCUAGAGACAUGCCUCUCAAUAUCUUCGUCAAGAUCAUCCAGUUUAUUGCACAGGAAAGACUUGAUUUUGCCAUGAAAGAAAUUAUAUAUGACCUUCUUUAUGUUGGAAAACCUGCAAAAGCCUUUAGUCUUAAUCCGGAGAGAAUGAAUAUCGGCCUCAGAGCAUUCCUGGUCAUAGCCGAUAAACUGCAGCAGAAGGACGGCGAGCCUCCCAUGCCGAACACCGGUUGCACUUUGCCCUCCGGGAACACGCUUCGAGUGAAGAAGACGUAUCUGAGCAAAACGCUGACGGACGAGGAGGCCAAAGUCAUCGGGAUGUCUCAGUAUUAUUUCAACGUGCGGAAGGCUAUUGACAACAUCCUCCGACACCUGGACAAGGAGGUGGGACGCUGCAUGAUGAUGACCAAUGCUCAGAUGUUGAAUAAGGAGCCCGAGGACAUGAUCACAGGUGAGAGGAAGCCUAAGAUCGACCUGUUCAGGACGUGUGUGGCUGCCGUUCCUCGCAUCCUGCCUGAUGGGAUGUCCAAGCCUGAGCUCAUAGACCUGCUCUCACGGUUGACAAUCCACAUGGACGACGAGCUGCGCCUCAUUGCCCAGAAUUCCUUGCAAAGCCUGCUCGUGGAUUUCCCGGACUGGCGUGACGAUGUCCUGUUCGGCUUCACAAACUUCCUCCUGCGUGACGUGCAGGACACCCACCAGGCGCUGCUGGAUUCCUCCCUCAAACUACUGCUGCAGCUGCUCACACAGUGGAAACUGACGCAGGCCGCCUCAGGGAAGAGCCAGGACACGGCUAAGAUACACACUGCAGAGCUGCUGCAGACCAGCCCAAGUCCGAAGACACCUCCAGAGCGGGGGCCUCACUCCGCCGUGCUGCACGCCGUAGAGGGGCUGGCCCUUGUGCUGCUCUGCUCCUGUCAGCUGAGCACCCGCAGACUCGCCAUCGCCAUUCUCAAAGAGAUACGAAGUCUCUUCAUGGCCAUCGGACAGACCGAGGAUGACGAUAAACCGAUGAUAGAGAUCAUGGAUCAGCUCAGCCCUGUAAUCCUGGAAAGUUUUGUCAACGUCACCGUCUCUGACACAGCCGCACAGUCCGCUGGCCACCACGUGGACCUCCAGUGGCUGGUGGAGUGGAACGCGCUCCUCGUCAACAGUCACUACGACAUCAGGAGCCCCUCGCACGUGUGGAUCUUCGCCCAGUCCGUGAAGGACCCCUGGGUGCUGUGUGUCUACAGCCUCCUGCGACAGGACAACCUGCCCAAGCACUGCCCCACAGCGCUCAGCUACGCCUGGCCCUACGCCUUCACCCGGAUGCAGAUGCUCAUGCCGCUGGUGGAUCCAAAUAACCCUGUGUAUGCAAAGAAGACCAGCACCUCUGGCAGCGGGGACGGUCACGUCACCCUGUGGAGAAACUACCUGAUCCUUUGCUUCGGAGUUGCCAAGCCCAGUAUCAUGAGCCCAGGCCACCUGAGAGCAUCGACACCUGAGAUCACGUCUUCCACACCUGACGGCGGUGUCAGCUACGACAACAAGGUGAUCGGGAGCCCGUCUGUGGCCUGGCUCCUGAAGCAGCUGGUUCCUCUGAUGAGGGCAGAGAGCAUCGAGCUGACAGAAUCAUUAGUUCUGGGCUUCGGUCGCACCAACUCCCUCAUUUUCAGGGAACUGGUCGAGGAGUUACACCCCCUAAUGAAGGAGGCGUUAGAGAGAAGGCCUGAGAACAAGAAGCGACGUGAGCGGCGAGAUCUGCUCAGACUUCAGCUGCUGCGGAUCUUUGAGCUGCUGGCUGAUGCGGGCGUCAUCAGUGACAGUACAAACGGAGCUCUGGAACGUGACACCCUCGCCCUGGGCGCUCUGUUCCUGGAGUAUGUGGAUCUAACGCGGCUGCUCCUGGAGGCUGAGAAUGACAAAGACGCCGAGAUCCUCAAGGACAUCCGGGCUCACUUCAGCGCCAUGGUGGCUAACCUCAUCCAGUGUGUGCCAGUGCACCACAGGCGCUUCCUGUUUCCCCAGCAGAGCCUGCGCCACCACCUCUUCAUCCUCUUCAGUCAGUGGGCCGGCCCUUUCAGCAUCAUGUUCACACCGCUGGACCGCUACAGUGACAGGAACCACCAGAUCACGAGAUACCAAUACUGUGCCCUGAAGGCCAUGUCUGCCGUGCUGUGCUGUGGACCCGUGUUUGAUAACGUGGGCCUCUCUCCAGACGGAUACCUCUAUAAGUGGCUGGAUAAUAUUCUCGCCUGCCAGGACCAGCGGGUCCAUCAACUCGGCUGUGAAGUCGUCAUCUUGCUCCUGGAGCUCAACGCCGACCAGGUCAACCUCUUCAACUGGGCCGUGGAUCGCUGCUACACCGGCUCCCACCAGCUGGCCUCAGGCUGCUUCAAAGCCAUCGCCACAGUGUGUGGCAGCAGGAACUACCAGAGUGAUAUCGUCACGCUGCUGAAUCUGGUGCUCUUCAAGGCCUCGGACACCAGCAGAGAAAUCUAUGAGAUUUCAAUGCAGCUCAUGCAGAUUCUCGAAGCUAAGUUGUUCGUUUACUCGAAGAGGAUCACAGAGCAGAAGCCGGGGAGUAUCCUGUACGGCACUCACUGCCCGCUGCCGCCGCUGUACAGUGUCUCUCUGCCUCAGUUGUCCAGCCAGCUGGCGAGGAUGUACCCUGAACUCACGCUUCCUCUGUUCUCAGAGGUCAGCCAGAGGUUCCCCAGCACCCAUCCCAACGGGAGGCAGAUCAUGCUGACCUACCUCCUGCCCUGGCUCAGUAACAUCGAGCUGGUGGACAGCGGCCUGCUGCUCCCGGCCUUCACGCCAUGCACCUCGGAUUACGACGCUUCCAGCCGCACGACCAGCACCGGCUCAACGCACCAGCUGAAGGGCAGCGGCUGGGGCUCCCUGCAGGCCACAUCCAUGGUUCUCAAUAACCUCAUGUUCAUGACAGCCAAGUACGGAGACGAGCUGCCUGGACCGGAGAUGGAGAACGCCUGGAACGCUCUCGUGAGCAAUGACAAGUGGAGCAACAAUCUGAGAACCACACUCCAGUUUCUCAUCAGCUUGUGUGGUGUCAGCAGUGACACCACUCUCCUGCCAUAUAUAAAGAAGGUGGUGAUCUACCUGUGCCGGAACAACACCAUGCAAACCAUGGAGGAGUUGAUAUUCGAGUUACAGCAAACGGAUCCAGUCAACCCCGUGGUGCAGCACUGUGACAGCCCUCCUUUCUAUCGCUUCUCUGCCACAAGCAAGAUCACCACAGCCGCUUCAGGCACCACAUCCAGCAGCAACACUGUUGUCGCCUGCCAGGAAAACUUCCCAGAUCCAGAUGAUAACAAGGCCGUGAAGGAUAAUGAGGACAGACUGGGCCACAAAAUGCGAGCACACAACCGUCUGGAAUCACGCUACAGCAACAGCUCGGGAGGAUCGUACGACGACGAUAAGAGUGAACCACUUCCUCCCUACGCCGAUUGGCUGGCAGUCGUCAUUGAGACCAAUCAGCCCACUCCGCUGCCCAUGCCUGUGAAUGGAGGAUGCUGGGCUCCGCUGGUGGACUUUCUGCCAGAGACCAUCACUCCCAGAGGACCCCUGCACAGGUGUAAUGUAGCCAUCAUCUUCAUGACAGAGAUGGUGGUGGAUCACAGCGUGAGAGAGGACUGGGUCAUGCACCUGCCUUUACUGCUCCAUGCCUUGUUUUUAGGAAUGGACCACUACCGUCCGGAGGUGUUUGAACACAGCAAACGUCUCCUCCUCCAUCUGCUCAUCACAUUGUCCUGCAAAAACAACUUCCAGGCCAUAGCCUCAGUCUUACUGCAGACACGUGAGAUCAACGGCACCAAGACCCUCACCUGUAAACCAAGUCUUCAGCCGGAGUGUUCACCUGCUGCAGGUGAGGACUUCCUGCGGGAGGGCCAGGCGUCUCCAGUACCAGACUCUGGCCUGAGUUCCUCCUCUACCUCGUCCAGUCUGAGUCUGGGGGGCAGCAGCAACAACCUGCCCGAGAUCUCACAGGAGGUGGAGGAGCUGGUGGCUUCCAAUGAAAUCGACGAGAAGACCAACAAGCUCAUUGAGUUUUUAUCCACAAGAGCGUUUGGACCGCUGUGGUCCCAUGAAGACAUUUCACCAAAGAACCAAAUUUCAAAAAGCACCGGGCAGCUGACAAACUUUCUGCGACACGUGGUCUCUGUGUUCAAAGACUCCAAGUCAGAUUUCCACCUGGAGCAGCAGCUCAGUGACGUGGCGCUGCAGACGGCGCUGUGCAGCUCGUCACGCCACUACGCCGGCCGCUCCUUCCAGGUGUUUCGAGCCCUACGUCAGCCCCUCUCCGCCCACGCCGUGUCCGACCUGCUCUCCAGGCUGGUGGAGGUCGUGGGGGAACAUGGAGAAGAAGUGCAGGGCUACGUGAUGGAAGUAUUACUCACACUGGAAUCUGUGGUGGAUAACUUGGCCGAGUGUUUGAAGAACAAUGAUCUCAUGGCGAUCUUGACGAGGGCCUCAUCUCCAGAUUUCCUGACCAGUUUCAAGCUGCUGUCGAACAGGAACAGCACGGGGCAGCUCAAUCUCAGAAGAGACGAGCGGGGCACACAUCAGAGGAGCUCCUCCGUCCCCAAGAAGUUUGGAGAGGCGGACAGAUGGUCUGAUCCCCCCCGCAGCGCCACGCUGGACCGAAUCCAGGCCUGUGAAAAACCGGGCUUCUUAGCCAAGGCCCGCAGCUUGUCCUCUUCCAAAGACAACGUCACGGACCCGGCCAACGUCAACCACCCCAGCAACCUGUUGGCCACCAUCUUCUGGGUGGCGGUGUCGCUGAUGGAGUCGGACUUUGAGUUUGAGUAUCAGAUGUCCCUGAGACUGUUGAAUAAGCUGCUGGGCCACAUGUCGCUGGACAAACAGGAGAACAGGGAGAAGCUGGAGAAGCUGCAGACUCAGCUGAAAUGGAGCAGCUUCAGCGGGCUGCAGCAGCUGCUGCUGAAAGGCUUCACCUCCGUGUCCACCACCGACCUCACGCUUCAGCUCUUCUGCCAACUCACACCUGUGUCCCGAGUGCCUGUAGUGGACACCUCACAGGCCAUAGGUUUUCCCUUGAACGUUCUCUGCCUGCUCCCACAUCUGGUGCAGAACUUUGACGGCCCCUCGCUCUUCUGUCAAGACGUUGCUGAGAGGAUCGCCCAGGUUUGCCUUGAGGAGAAGAACUCCAAGCUCUCCAACCUCGCUCACGUCAUGACCCUGUACAAAACACAUUUAUACACACGAGACUGCUUCUCCUGGGUCAACGUGGUGUGUCGCUAUCUCCACGAGGCCUUCUCCGAUAUCACCCUCCGCCUGGUCACCUACAUGGUCGAGCUGCUGGAGAAAGGUCUGCCCAGCAUGCAGCAGACUCUUCUACAGAUCAUCUACAGCCUCCUGAGUCACAUGGACCUGGGUGGGAUUCAAGCCAAACCCUUCAACAUGGAGGUGCUCAAGACAAUUGAGAAGUUUGUCCAGACCGUCCAUUGGAGGGAAGCGCUGAAUAUCCUGAAGCUGGUGGUUUCUCGAUCGGCCAGCCUGGUGCAGCCCUCGGGCCCGCAGAGUGUCCUCUGCUACGAGGACAUCAGCCGAGUCUGGGAACGCUCCACCAAGGCCUUGCCCGGGAAAACUCUGGAUUUCCACUUUGACAUAUCUGAGACGCCGGUGAUCGGUCGGCGUUACGAUGACCUCCAGCGCUCUCCGGGCCAUGAUGUGAAGAGCAGGACCACCUCGUCCACCUCCUCUGGAUCCACAUCCAACAACGUCCUGGUGCCGGUCAGCUGGAAGAGGCCUCAGUCCUCUCAGAAAAGAACUCGGGAAAAACUGGUGCACGUGUUGUCUCUGUGUGGACAAGAAGUGGGGCUCACAAAAAAUCCUUCGGUGAUCUUCUCCAGUUGCGGGGAGCUGGACCUCAUGGAGCACCAGCCCAGCCUGGUGUCCUCCGACGACGGGACCCGGGAGCCAGACAACAUGGACGACACCACCUCGGAGCAGCAGUUCAGGGUCUUCAGAGACUUUGACUUCCUGGAUGUGGAGCUUGAGGAUGGAGAGGGAGAGACUAUGGACAACUUCAACUGGGGUGUGCGGAGACGCUCCAUGGACAGUCUGGACCAGAGUGACCUGCAGCCCCUGGAGGAGAGUCAGCUGUCCAGCAGCAUGCCCAGCCUCAGCAAGAUCACACGCGAAGACUCCGACGAGUCGUCAGAAGAAGACUCGCUCAACGCCAGCCAGAUCCUCUCCCACUCACAGCUUAUGGUGAACUUCUCUCCAACAGCAGAGAGCAGUAACAUGAACUCUCCCUCCGGCUUCUCUGACACAACUCCAUCUGACUCGACUCCUCUGAACUCCAAAAAUCCUAGUUUCGAGGUCCAACCGCCAGAGGACUCGAAGCCGCGGCAUGAGUUGUCACAGGAAGACGAAGACACCAACGUCCAUGAGGAUGACGUCUCUUUCUCCAUCAGUGAACUGCCCCCUGAAUUCUACUGCGGGGACAGUCUGACAAUGGAAAGUGCUCACAGUGAUUAUAAAGGGGAACUGGACCUUGACAGCUGCUUACCAAGUCUCGCAGAGGAGGAGAGAGACAACAUGCUGGAGUCCCGCUCUUCCCCGCCACCGUCGCCCUUCUUCUCCGCCAUCCUCGCAGCCUUCCAGCCGGCAGUGUGCGACGAUGCAGAGGAGGCUUGGCGAAGUCACAUCAACCAGCUCGUGUCCGACUCGGACGGAUCCUGUGCCGUCUACACUUUCCACGUGUUUUCCUCACUGUUCCAGAGUAUCCAGAGCAAAUUCUGCUCUUUGACCUGUGACGCUGUGAGCUACCUCGGCGAGGGACUGCGGGGGUUAGGAUCAAAGUUUCUGAGGUCAUCUCAGAUGCUGACGUCCUGCUCAGAGUGCCCAACUCUAUUUAUCGAUGCAAACACAAUUAUGUCUUAUGGCCUCCUGGAAAAAAUGAAAUUCAGCGUGUUGGAACUUCAAGAGUAUCUCGAUACUUACAACCACAAAAAGGAAGCUGCUGUCACCUGGUUGUGCAACUGUAAGGCCACCUUUCCCCGGACUGCUGGGGGUAUAACAAGGCAACCGGUGGAGCAUGAGGAAAAGCAACUGGAGCUCUGUCAAAGACUCUACAAACUCCACUUUCAGCUGUUGCUGCUUUUUCAGUCCUACUGUAAGCUGAUAGAACAGUUCCGUGAAAUAAGCUCAAUUCCUGAGCUGACGAAUAUGUCCAGAGAGCUAAAUGAGCUGAAGAGCAACCUGAGGGCGGCAGCGGCCUCGGUCACGAGUGAUGAGGCGGCUGCCCGUGAGAGCUGCUGCUCUGAGCCCACCUUCAGCUCCUCUGAAGCUGCUGUGCAAGCCAUUUUGGAGGGUCUGAAGAACAACGAGCUUCAGGCAGCCAUCCGCUACAUUCGUGAGUGCAGAACAAUGUGGCCUAACGACAUCUUUGGCAGCCACUCUGAGGAGGAGGUCCAGACCUUACUGAACAUCUUCUUCAGACAUCAAACUUUGGGUCAAACAGGAACUUUUGCUCUGGUGGGCUCGAGGCAGGACCUGACAGAAAUCUCCGCCAAGCUGAUGGAACUGAACUGGGAGAUGCGGGACAUGAUCAGACGAGCCCAGGGCUACCGAGCCAUCACCGCUUUCCUCCCAGACUCCAGCAUUUCAGGCUCGACUCUUUGAGUGAGGUCUGGCAGCGCAGCGAUGUCCAUUCCAACUCCCUGUGCUAUGCCAACACUCCAGUGCUGUCUGGGGUUGCUGCUAUCAUCUCAGUGGUUAACAAGCUCUCUGCUCUCUCUUGGGAAUAACCAAACACCUCCUCUUGUGACUCAGAGCACAUCACAAAGUCAGAUCUCUAGACGUGCAGCAAUACUGUUGGUUUUAGACACACGAGUGACACACGAGAAAGUUAGGCUUUUAUUGCACUAAUAGCCUGGCAUCCCCAGACCAAUCUGCAAGGGCAAAUAAACAUGAGCUUGCUGAUUGGUCUGGUUUCCAGGAUCCGAAUGAUAGAAGUUUUCACAAAGCGAAAACACUUGAUACCGAGGUCGGUCAACAAAUGACAUACCAAAGAUUAAUAACUCUUUUUCAGUUACGUUGUUUUAAUUGUCAAGGGGAAAUGUGCAAUCCGUCAUGGGAGUGGAAAACCUUUACUGUUUCCUGAAAGAAUGUAUUUGAAUAUCAGAGCAGUGAAAAAAUGAACAUUGUCAGUAAAGAAAAAGGGAGGCUUCAUUACUUGCUUAAAGUAGUGGAUCUUUUGUGUGUGUGUGUGUGUUUGUGUGCGUGCGUGCGUGUUUGUGUGUGUGUUUUGUGUGUUGGUGCCUGAGUGUGUGAAUCUAAACCUGACGACCAUCCUCGAUGGCAUUACGGAUACUGAUUUCUUUAAUUACAAUUAUUAACUUGUUCACAUUAACUACUCUGACAUGAGCUGCAAAUCUACUGUAAUGUCUCCCUAACCUACAUCCUUCUGUGUGGGUAAUCUGUUACUUAAAAAAAAAUCUUACUGUACCUUUUAACUGUGCAGCUUUUAGCAAUUAGGGGAAAUAUUUAUAUCAUUUGCAAGAGAAAGACAUGCUUUUAUCAGACUAGAUUUAUAGAAAACUAAUAUUUUGUUUGGAAUCUGCCAAGCUUGCAAAUUCUAUGUACUAUAAAGUGUAAUAAUAAUGUUUAUCGACAAACACAGAAAACUAUUUUAGCUGAAUAUUUGUACAUAGUGCAGCGGGGGCUUCGCUCAAGACUCAUAAGAUUGUAUUUUUAUGAACGUACAAUUUGAGUUGCAUAAGGAGUAAAAGAGAUAUUUGUAAAGCUUGCACAGGAAGUGUUGGAGUAGCCUCCCGCUUUGUAAAUACUACUGCCUUUGCAAUGUACUGUACUUUGGUGUUCUGUACACUCAUGUAACGAUGAAAAUAAAACAUACAUUUGUAAA